AUGACUGCGUGGAGGAAAUUCAAGUCGCUGUUCCUGCUUCUGGUGCUGCUGGUUCUGUGCGCGGGGCUCCUCACUGCAGCUAAGGGUCAGAACUGUGGAGGCCUAGUCCAGGGUCCUAAUGGCACCAUAGAGAGCCCAGGGUUUCCCCACGGUUAUCCAAACUACGCUAACUGCACCUGGAUCAUUAUCACAGGAGAGCGCAAUCGGAUACAACUGUCAUUUCACACCUUUGCUCUUGAAGAAGAUUUUGAUAUUUUAUCGGUUUACGAUGGACAGCUCCAACAAGGGAACUUGAAAGUGAGGUUAUCAGGAUUUCAGCUGCCCUCCUCCAUAGUCAGCACGGGGUCUAUCCUGACACUGUGGUUCACGACGGACUUCGCCGUCAGUGCCCAAGGCUUUAAGGCCCUGUAUGAAGUUUUACCGAGCCACACAUGUGGAAAUCCUGGGGAAAUAUUGAAAGGAGUUCUCCACGGAACAAGAUUCAACAUAGGAGACAAAAUCCGGUACAGCUGUCUCUCCGGCUAUAUCUUGGAAGGUCAUGCAAUUCUGACCUGCAUUGUUAGUCCUGGGAACGGCGCAUCAUGGGACUUCCCAGCUCCCUUCUGCAGAGCGGAGGGAGCCUGUGGAGGGACCUUACGGGGAACCAGCAGCACCAUCUCCAGCCCUCAUUUCCCCUCAGAAUAUGAAAACAGUGCUGACUGUACGUGGACCAUUCUCGCUGAGCCUGGGGACACCAUUGCGUUAGUCUUCACUGACUUUCAACUGGAAGAAGGAUAUGAUUUCUUAGAGAUCAGUGGGACAGAGGCACCAUCCAUAUGGCUGACGGGCAUGAACCUUCCUUCCCCAGUCAUCAGCAGCAAGAACUGGUUACGACUCCAUUUCACAUCUGAUAGCAACCAUCGACGCAAAGGAUUCAAUGCUCAGUUUCAAGUGAAAAAGGCAAUUGAGUUGAAGUCAAGAGGAGUCAAGAUGCUGCCCAGCAAGGACAGUAGCCAUAAAAACUCUGUCUUGAGUCAAGGAGGUGUUGCUUUGGUUUCCGACAUGUGUCCAGAUCCUGGGGUUCCAGAAAACGGCAGAAGGACAGGUUCCGACUUCAGCAGGGUUGGUGCAAAUGUACAGUUCUCCUGUGAGGACAAUUACGUGCUCCAGGGAUCCAAGAGCAUCACCUGUCAGAGAGUCACGGAGACCCUGGCCGCGUGGAGCGACCAUCGGCCCAUUUGCAGAGCUAGAACAUGUGGAUCGAAUCUGCGCGGGCCCAGUGGAGUCAUCACCUCUCCUAAUUAUCCAGUCCAGUAUGAAGACAACGCACACUGUGUGUGGGUCAUUACCACAAUGGAUCCAGACAAGGUCAUCAAGCUUGCCUUUGAGGAGUUUGAAUUGGAACGAGGCUAUGACACCCUGACAGUGGGUGAUGCUGGGAAAGUGGGGGAUACCAGAACAGUGUUGUAUGUACUCACUGGAUCCAGUGUUCCUGACCUUAUUGUGAGUAUGAGCAACCAGAUGUGGCUGCAUCUACAGUCUGACGACAGCAUCGCCUCACCUGGAUUUAAAGCUGUUUACCAAGAAAUUGAAAAGGGAGGCUGCGGGGACCCCGGUGUUCCUGCCUACGGGAAGCGGACGGGCAGCAGCUUCCUGCACGGAGACACGCUCACCUUUGAAUGCCAGGCCGCCUUCGAGCUGGUGGGGGAGAGGGUUAUCACGUGUCAGCAAAACAACCAGUGGUCUGGCAACAAGCCCAGCUGUGUAUUUUCCUGUUUCUUCAACUUUACUGCAUCAUCAGGGAUCAUUCUGUCACCAAAUUAUCCAGAGGAAUACGGUAACAACAUGAACUGCGUUUGGCUGAUUAUCUCUGAGCCGGGAAGCAGAAUUCACCUCAUCUUUAACGAUUUUGAUGUGGAGCCUCAGUUUGACUUCCUGGCGGUCAAAGACGACGGGAUUUCUGACAUAACCGUCCUCGGCACCUUCUCUGGCAAUGAGGUUCCCUCCCAGCUGGCCAGCAGUGGGCACAUAGUUCGCCUGGAGUUUCAGUCUGAUCACUCCACCACCGGCCGAGGGUUCAACAUCACUUAUACCACAUUUGGUCAAAACGAGUGCCAUGAUCCUGGCAUUCCCAUCAAUGGACGACGUUUUGGUGACCGGUUUCUACUUGGGAGUUCAGUUUCUUUUCACUGUGAUGACGGCUUUGUCAAAACCCAGGGGUCGGAGUCCAUUGCCUGCAUCCUGCAGGAUGGGAAUGUUGUCUGGAGCUCCACCGUGCCCCGCUGUGAAGCCCCGUGUGGUGGACAUCUGACAGCUUCUAGCGGAGUCAUUUUGCCUCCCGGAUGGCCAGGAUAUUAUAAAGAUUCUUUAAACUGUGAAUGGAUAAUUGAAGCAAAACCAGGACACUCUAUCAAAAUAACUUUUGAUAGAUUUCAGACCGAAGUCAAUUAUGACACACUGGAAGUCAGAGACGGGCCGGCCAGUUCGUCCCCGCUGAUCGGCGAGUACCACGGCACGCAAGCCCCGCAGUUCCUCAUCAGCACGGGGAAUUUCAUGUACCUGCUCUUCACCACGGACAACAGCCGCUCCAGCAUUGGCUUCCUCAUUCACUACGAGAGUGUGACUCUAGAGUCAGACUCUUGCCUCGAUCCGGGGAUCCCUGUAAAUGGUCGGCGGCAUGGCAGUAACUUUGGCAUCCGAUCUACAGUGACUUUUAGCUGUGAUCCAGGAUACACACUAAGCGAUGAUGAGCCACUUGUCUGUGAGAGGAACCAUCAGUGGAACCACGCGUUACCCAGCUGUGAUGCCCUUUGUGGAGGUUACAUCCAUAGGAAGAGUGGGACAGUCCUUUCUCCUGGGUUUCCAGAUUUUUACCCAAACUCUCUAAACUGUACAUGGACCAUUGAAGUUUCUCAUGGAAAAGGAGUUCAGAUGGUCUUUCACACCUUUCACCUUGAGAGCUCCCACGACUAUCUGCUGAUCACAGAGGAUGGGAGCUUCACGGAGCCCGUGGCCAGGCUCACUGGGUCGGUGUUGCCUCAUACUAUCAAGGCAGGCCUGUUUGGAAACUUCACUGCCCAGCUUCGCUUUAUAUCAGACUUUUCCAUUUCCUACGAGGGCUUCAAUAUCACAUUCUCAGAAUAUGACCUGGAACCAUGCGAUGAUCCCGGCGUCCCUGCCUUCAGCCGCAGAAUCGGAUUUCAUUUUGGAGUUGGGGACUCGCUGACCUUCUCCUGCUUCCCGGGGUACCGCUUAGAAGGUGCAACCAAGCUUACGUGCCUGGGUGGGGGCCGUCGUGUGUGGAGUGCACCUCUGCCAAGGUGUGUGGCUGAAUGUGGAGCAAGUGUCAAAGGAAAUGAAGGAACAUUACUGUCUCCAAAUUUCCCAUCAAAUUACGAUAAUAACCACGAGUGUAUCUAUAAAAUAGAAACAGAAGCUGGCAAGGGGAUCCAUCUCAGGGCGCGGAACUUCCAGCUGUCUGAAGGAGAUGUUCUAAAGGUGUAUGAUGGCAAAGAGAGUUCAUCACGCCCAUUGGGGGCCUUCACUAAAAAUGAACUGAUGGGGCUGAUCCUAAACAGCACUUCAAAUCACCUGUGGCUAGAAUUCAACACCAAUGGAUCUGACACCGAACAAGGCUUCCAGCUCACCUACACGAGUUUCGACCUCGUAAAAUGUGAGGACCCCGGAAUCCCUAACUAUGGCUACAGGAUCCGCGAUGAAGGCCACUUCACUGACACUGUGGUCCUGUACAGCUGUAACCCAGGGUACGCCAUGCAUGGCAGCAACACGCUGACCUGUCUGAGCGGCGACCGGAGGGUGUGGGACAAGCCACUGCCUUCCUGUGUAGCUGAGUGUGGUGGUCAGAUCCACGCGGCCACUUCAGGGCGCAUCCUGUCUCCUGGCUACCCAGCCCCCUACGACAACAACCUCCACUGCACGUGGAUCAUAGAGGCAGACCCGGGAAAGACCAUCAGCCUUCAUUUCAUCGUGUUUGACACUGAGAUGGCUCAUGAUAUCCUGAAGGUCUGGGAUGGGCCCGUGGACAGCGACAUCCUGCUGAAGGAGUGGAGCGGUUCUGCGCUCCCGGAGGACAUUCACAGCACCUUCAACUCGCUCACGCUGCAGUUUGACAGUGACUUCUUCAUCAGCAAGUCGGGCUUCUCCAUCCAGUUCUCGACGUCAAUCGCAUCCACCUGCAAUGAUCCUGGUAUGCCUCAAAAUGGAACCCGCUAUGGGGACAGUAGAGAGCCUGGAGACACUGUCACCUUCCAGUGUGACCCUGGCUAUCAGCUCCAAGGACAAGCUAAAAUCACCUGUGUGCAGCUGAAUAACCGAUUCUUUUGGCAACCAGACCCUCCUACAUGCAUAGCUGCGUGUGGAGGGAAUCUGACUGGCCCAGCGGGUGUCAUUUUAUCACCUAACUACCCACAGCCUUAUCCUCCUGGGAAAGAAUGCGACUGGAGAAUAAAAGUGAACCCAGACUUUGUCAUUGCCUUGAUAUUCAAAAGUUUCAACAUGGAGCCCAGCUAUGAUUUCCUACAUAUCUACGAAGGAGAGGAUUCCAACAGCCCUCUGAUUGGCAGUUUUCAGGGCUCUCAAGCCCCGGAAAGAAUAGAGAGCAGUGGAAACAGUCUUUUUCUGGCAUUUCGGAGUGAUGCCUCUGUGGGCUUGUCAGGGUUCGCCAUUGAAUUUAAAGAGAAGCCACGGGAAGCCUGUUUUGACCCUGGGAAUAUAAUGAAUGGGACAAGAAUUGGGACAGACUUCAAGCUUGGCUCGACGGUGACUUACCAGUGUGACUCCGGCUACAAGAUAGUUGACCCCUCAUCCAUCACAUGUGUGAUCGGAGCGGAUGGAAAGCCCGCCUGGAACCGUGUCCUGCCCUCCUGCAAUGCUCCCUGCGGAGGCCAGUACUCUGGAUCAGAAGGGGUGGUUUUGUCACCAAACUACCCCCAUAAUUACACAGCUGGUCAAAUAUGCCUCUAUUCAAUAACGGUGCCAAAGGAAUUUGUGCUGUUUGGACAGUUUGCCUAUUUCCAGACGGCCCUGAAUGACUUGGCAGAAUUAUUUGACGGAACACACCCACAGGCCAGACUGCUCAGCUCGCUCUCUGGGUCUCACUCAGGUGAAACAUUGCCUUUGGCUACGUCAAAUCAAAUUCUGCUCCGAUUCAGCGCAAAGAGCGGAGCAUCUGCCCGCGGGUUCCACUUCAUCUAUCAAGCUGUUCCUCGGACCAGUGACACCCAGUGCAGCUCUGUCCCUGAGCCCAGAUAUGGAAGGAGAAUCGGAUCUGACUUUUCAGCAGGUUCCAUUGUUCGCUUCGAGUGUAACGCAGGGUACCUCCUUCAGGGCUCCACGGCUAUCCGCUGUCAGUCCGUGCCCAACGCUCUGGCUCAGUGGAACGACACAAUCCCGAGCUGUGUAGUCCCCUGCAGUGGCAAUUUCACUCAGCGCAGAGGCACAAUUUUAUCCCCGGGCUACCCUGAGCCAUAUGGUAACAAUUUAAACUGUAUCUGGAAAAUCAUCGUUACAGAAGGAUCAGGAAUUCAGAUUCAAGUCCUCAGUUUUGCCACAGAGCAGAACUGGGACUCUCUUGAGAUCUACGAUGGCGGCGAUAUGAGCGCACCGAGACUGGGCAGCUUUUCGGGUACCACAGUACCAGCGUUACUGAACAGCACAUCCAAUCAACUCUACCUGCAUUUCCAGUCUGAUAUUAGUGUGGCAGCGGCUGGUUUUCACCUGGAAUACAAAACUGUAGGUCUUGCUGCAUGCCAAGAACCAGCCCUCCCCAGCAACGGCAUCAAAACAGGAGACCGAUACAUGGUGAACGACGUGCUCUCCUUUCAGUGCGAGCCCGGGUACACCCUGCAGGGCCGGUCCCACAUUUCUUGUAUGCCUGGAACCGUUCGGCGCUGGAACUACCCUUCUCCCCUUUGCAUCGCGACCUGUGGCGGGACGCUGAGUAGCAUGGGUGGCGUCAUCCUGAGCCCGGGGUUCCCAGGCGCGUACCCCAACAACUUGGACUGCACGUGGAAGGUCGCGCUGCCCAUUGGCUAUGGUGCGCAUAUUCAAUUUCUGAAUUUUUCUACCGAAGCUAAUCACGACUACCUUGAAAUUCAAAACGGACCUUACCCCACCAGCCCUAUGAUUGGGCAGUUUAGUGGCACCGACCUGCCCUCGGCGUUGUUGAGCACAACCCAUGAAACCCUCGUCCACUUCUACAGCGACCAUUCCCAAAACCGGCAAGGAUUUAAACUCGCUUACCAAGCCUAUGAGCUACAGAACUGCCCAGAUCCACCUCCUUUCCAGAAUGGAUAUAUGAUCAACGCGGAUUACAGCGUGGGACAAUCGAUAUCGUUUGAGUGUUAUCCUGGGUACAUUUUAAUUGGCCACCCAGUCCUCACCUGUCAGCAUGGAAUCAACAGAAACUGGAACUAUCCUUUUCCAAGAUGUGAUGCUCCUUGUGGAUAUAACGUAACGUCUCAGAACGGUACCAUUUAUUCCCCGGGAUUUCCAGAUGAGUACCCGAUUUUGAAGGACUGCGUUUGGCUGAUCACUGUGCCUCCUGGUCACGGAAUCUACAUCAACUUCACGUUGCUGCAGACGGAAGCUGUCAAUGACUACAUUGCUGUUUGGGAUGGUCCUGAUCAGAAUUCUCCGCAGCUAGGAGUUUUCAGUGGAAACACAGCCCUGGAAACAGCAUACAGUUCUAACAAUCAAGUCCUGCUCAAGUUUCACAGUGACUUUUCCAACGGAGGUUUCUUCGUCCUCAAUUUCCAUGCAUUUCAGCUCAAGAAAUGUCAGCCUCCCCCAGCGGUUCCACAGGCAGAAAUGCUGACUGAGGACGAGGAUUUUGAAAUAGGAGAUUUUGUGCAGUACCGGUGCCACCCCGGGUACACGUUGUCCGGGACUGACACGCUGACCUGCAAGCUCAGUUCCCAGUUGCAGUUCGAGGGUUCUCUCCCAACAUGUGAAGCGCAAUGCCCAGCAAAUGAAAUCCGGACAGAAUCUUCCGGAGUUAUCCUCAGUCCAGGUUAUCCAGGCAACUAUUUUAACUCCCAGACGUGCUCGUGGACUAUUAAAGUGGACCCAAACUAUAACAUCACCAUCUUCGUGGAUACAUUUCAAAGUGAAAAGCAGUUUGAUUCACUAGAAGUAUUUGAUGGUUCUUCUGGUCAGAGUCCUCUGUUAGUGGUCUUAAGUGGGAACCAUACUGAGCAAUCAAAUUUUACAAGCAAGAGCCAUCAGUUAUAUCUCCGCUGGUCCACCGAUCACGCAACCAGUAAAAAAGGAUUCAAGAUUCGUUAUACCGCACCUUACUGCAGCUUGACCCACACCCUGAAGAAUGGCGGUGUUUUAAAUAGGACCACAGGUGCAGUUGGAAGUAAAGUGCAUUAUUUUUGCAAGCCUGGAUAUCGAAUGAUCGGCCACAGCAACGCAACCUGUCGACGGAACCCAGUUGGCAUGUAUCAGUGGGACUCCCUUACUCCCAUGUGCCAGGCUGUGUCCUGUGGAAUCCCAGAGUCCCCAGGGAAUGGUUCCUUUACGGGUAAUGAGUUCACUCUGGAUAGUAAAGUGAUCUACGAAUGUAAUGAGGGCUUUAAGCUUGCGGCUAGUCAGCAAGCAACAGCGGUGUGUCAAGAAGAUGGAUUGUGGAGUAACAAAGGGAGGCCUCCCACGUGUAAACCGGUAACUUGCCCUGGCAUCGAGGCUCAGCUCUCGGAACAUGUCACCUGGAGACGAGUGUCAGGAUCACUGAAUGAGUACGGAGCUCAAGUUGUGCUGAGCUGCAAUCCCGGUUAUUACCUGGAGGGGCGCAGGCUCGUGCAGUGCCAAGCUAAUGGGACGUGGAGCGUAGGAGACGAGAGGCCAAGAUGUAGAGUUAUCUCGUGUGGAAGCCUGUCCUUUCCCCCAAAUGGUAACAAGAUUGGAACGUUGACAGUUUACGGAGCCACGGCCAUAUUUACAUGUAACACGGGCUACACACUUGUGGGGUCUCAUGUCAGAGAAUGCUUAGCAAAUGGACUCUGGAGCGGUUCUGAAACUCGAUGUCUGGCUGGCCACUGCGGGUCCCCGGACCCGAUCGUGAACGGUCACAUCAGUGGAGACGGCUUCAGCUACAGGGACACUGUAGUCUAUCAGUGCAAUCCGGGUUUCCGUCUCAUUGGAACUUCUGUUCGGAUAUGCCUGCAAGACCACAAAUGGUCCGGACAGACUCCCGUUUGUGUCCCCAUCACAUGUGGUCACCCUGGGAACCCCGCCCAUGGCUUCACUAACGGCACUGAGUUCAACCUGAACGAUGUCGUGAACUUCACCUGCAACACCGGCUAUUUGCUGCAGGGUGCUUCGCGAGCCCAGUGUCGGAGCAACGGCCAGUGGAGCAGCCCUUUGCCCACGUGUCGAGUGGUGAACUGUUCUGAUCCAGGCUUUGUGGAAAAUGCCAUUCGUCAUGGGCAACAGAAUUUCCCCGAGAGUUUUGAGUAUGGAACGAGUGUCAUGUAUCAUUGCAAGAAAGGAUUUUACUUGUUGGGAUCAUCCGCCUUAACCUGUAUGGCAAAUGGCUUAUGGGAUCGCUCUUUACCCAAGUGUUUGGCUAUAUCAUGUGGACACCCAGGGGUUCCUGCAAAUGCUAUCCUAACUGGAGAACUGUUUACCUAUGGCGCCACAGUUCACUACUCAUGCAAAGGGAGCCGGAGUCUUGUAGGCAACAGCACUAGAGUUUGCCAAGAGGAUAGUCACUGGAGUGGAGCACUGCCCCACUGUACAGGGAAUAAUCCUGGAUUUUGUGGUGACCCAGGGACCCCACCACAUGGAUCUCGGCUUGGAGAUGAAUUUAAGGCCAAGAGCCUUCUACGCUUCUCCUGUGAGAUGGGCUACCAGCUGAGGGGCUCCCCUGAGCGAAUGUGUUUGCUCAAUGGGUCGUGGUCAGGGCUGCAGCCUGUGUGUGAAGCUGUGUCCUGUGGCAAUCCUGGCACACCCACCAAUGGCAUGAUUGUCAGUAGCGAUGGCAUCCUGUUCUCCAGCUCAGUCAUCUAUGCCUGUUGGGAAGGCUAUAAGACCUCGGGGCUGAUGACUCGGCACUGCACGGCCAAUGGGACCUGGACAGGCACAGCUCCCGACUGUACAAUUAUAAGCUGUGGAGAUCCAGGUACCCUGGCCAAUGGCAUCCAGUUUGGGACAGAUUUCACCUUCAAUAAGACCGUGAGCUACCAGUGUAACCCCGGCUAUGUCAUGGACCCUGUCACGUCCCCCACCAUCCGCUGUACCAAAGACAGCACGUGGAGUCACAGCAAACCGGUCUGCAAAGCUGUCAUGUGCACUCAGCCUCCUCAAGUACAGAACGGAAAAGUGGAGGGAGCAGAUUUCCACUGGGGCGCCAGCAUAAGCUACAGCUGUGUGGACGGCUACCAGCUCUCUCACUCCGCCAUCCUGUCCUGUGAAGGCCGUGGGGUGUGGAAAGGGGACACUCCCCAAUGCCUGCCCGUGUUCUGUGGAGACCCCGGCAUCCCCGCAGAGGGGCGACUUAGCGGCAAGAGUUUCACCUAUAAGUCUGAAGUCUCCUUCCAGUGCAAAUCCCCCUUCAUACUGGUGGGAUCUUCAAGAAGAGUCUGCCAAGCUGACGGCACCUGGAGUGGCAUACAGCCCACCUGCAUCGAUCCUGCCCAUAACGCCUGCCCAGACCCUGGUACUCCACACUUCGGAAUACAAAAUAGCUCAAGAGGAUAUGAGGUGGGAAGCAUGGUGUUUUUCAAAUGCAGAAAAGGUUACCACAUCCAGGGUUCCACGACUCGAACUUGCCUUGCAAAUUUGACAUGGAGCGGCAUACAGACCGAAUGCAUACCGCAUGCCUGCAGACAGCCAGAAACGCCAGCCCACGCGGACGUGAGAGCCAUUGAUCUUCCUACCUUCGGUUACACCUUAGUGUACACCUGCCAUCCGGGAUUCUUCCUCGCGGGCGGGUCUGAGCACAGGACGUGUAAAGCAGAUAUGAAGUGGACAGGGAAAUCACCUGUCUGUAAAAGUAAAGGAGUGAGAGAAGUUAAUGAAACAGUUACUAAAACUCCAGUUCCUUCAGAUGUCUUUUUCAUCAGUUCAGUGUGGAAGGGAUAUUAUGAAUAUUUAGGGAAAAGGCAACCAGCAACUCUCACCGUGGACUGGUUCAACGCGACAAGCAGCCAGGUGAACGCGACCUUCACGGAGACCUCUCAGGUGGAGCUGAGAUUGACAGGUGUUUACAAGAAGGAGGAGGCCCACUUACUGCUGAAAGCUUUUCAGAUUAAAGGUCCCGUAGAUAUUUUUGUCAGCAAGUUUGAAAACGACAACUGGGGACUGGAUGGUUAUGUAUCGUCAGGACUUGAAAGAGGAGGAUUUACUUUCCAAGGUGAUAUACAUGGAAAAGACUUCGGAAAAUUCAAGCUUGAAAGGCAAGAUCCCUUAAGCUCUGGUCAAGAUUCUUCAAAUCAUUCCCACGGCACUAGCAGCGGGUCUGUCGCGGCUGCCAUUCUGGUUCCAUUCUUUGCUCUAAUUUUAUCAGGGUUUGCAUUUUACCUCUACAAACACAGAACAAGACCAAAAGUUCAAUACAAUGGCUAUGCCGGGCAUGAAAACAGCAAUGGACAAGCUUCAUUUGAAAACCCCAUGUAUGAUACAAACUUAAAACCCACAGAAGCAAAGGCUGUGAGGUUUGACACAACCCUGAACACAGUGUGCACAGUGGUAUAG